ACACCUACCCUAAAGUGAACCGCUCAUUCUGAGAACAAGCACUGAGUGCAAGUCAAAGAAAAUGUGUGUUGGAAAAGUUACAAGUGGUGAAUUGAAGGGGCCCUUGAGGCCCCCGAAAAGCGUCAAGUUAAUUAACGACAGUGGAAAAGUGCCCUACCAGGAGGAUAUCCUCGCCCUUUCGACUUACUACACCAAAGUGGUUUUUUUCACAUUAGAUAAGUGGUACAGGUCCUUCCAGGAUUCGAUUUGUUACAAAAUUUUGUUCCACACCACCCAGCCGGCUCAUGUGAUAACCGCGUUGGCUGUGAUAAUGGUCUCUCUCAUGCUCAUCCCUUCGGAAAGAAAAACAUCCCUCGAAUCCCCCUUGUGGUCAUUUGUUUACAUGGGCGCGUUUAGUGCCCACUUCGGGGCCCAAAUCUGGAUGACGUUCAUUUCCGGCCUUUCUCUCUACUUUGCCCUCCCCCGACACACUUUCGGCAACAUCCAAAAAGUGUUAUUUCCAAAAUAUUUCCUCCUCAAUUCUAUUUUGAGUUUAAUAACACUUUAUGUCUUCCUCCGAGCCCACAAUUACCAUCUCAAAUCGACGGAGAUUGCCGUUCAGGUGGGAGCCAUGACCUUGUGUUUUUUGAUCGAGUUAUUGAUCCGUCUCUAUCUCACACCUCCAUUGUUGAAACUAAUGACGUUAAAAAACCGAAUUGAAGCGCAAGCAGGGGUGGGGAUGGAAAUCGGGAAAUUGGUGCCGGGAAAUCUGCUCAAUUGCCCGCACUACAUGACCAUCCAUAGGGCUUUCAGGAGGGUCCACAUGACCAUCGCGAUUGGAAAUGUCAUCACGAUGGGGUGCACCAUGCUCCAUCUCUACUACCUGUCACAAAAACUAUGUGUAUUAUAAAUUAUAAUUAUUUAUUGUAAUUUAUGCGAAUAUUACAGCUUUAUCUUAAAGCAUUUUAGUGAUAGCCUAUUUAUUAUUUUUGUAUUUAUCCUUUUGUAAUAAAUAGAGAAAAAAUUAAA